AUGGCCUUAGCAGACAAGAGGCUUGAGAACUUACAGAUCUACAAAGUUCUUCAGUGUGUUCGCAACAAAGACAAGAAGCAGAUAGAGAAGCUGAUCAAACUUGGAUACCCCGAGCUAAUCAACUUCACUGAACCUAUUGAUGGACUGAGUGCUCUCCACUUAGCCUCAAUUUCCAAUGACAUUGACAUGGUUAGCUUUCUCCUUGGACUUGGUGCUCACCCUGAUGUGCAAGACCACAUGGGCUGUACUCCAACCAUGAGAGCUGCAGAGCUGGGCCAUGAGUUGUCAAUGGAAAUUUUAGCCAAAGCCAAAGCUGACAUGACGAUAGUUGAUAAUGAAGGAAAAGGUGUUCUGUUCUAUUGCAUUUUACCCACCAAGAGGCAUUACCGAUGUGCGUUGAUUGCCCUAGAGCAUGGUGCAGAUGUCAACAACACCACAAUUGAUGGGAAACCCGUGUUCAUCAGAGCUUGUGAGGAAGCACAUGAUGUGAAGGACAUGUGCCUGACAUUUCUGGAGAAAGGAGCCAAUCCUAAUUCUAUCUGCACAGCCACAGGGCGCACGGCUUUGAUGGAAUCAGCAAGAGAAGGGGUGGUGGAACUAGUUCGAGGCAUAUUGGAAAGAGGAGGUGAAGUGAACACAUUUGACUAUGAAAGACUCCACGCUGCUCAUUUUGCUGCCAAAGGAGGCUUUUUUGAUAUAUUGAAGCUUCUGUUUGCCUACAAUAGUGACUUUGGGUUAAUCGGAAUGAAUGGGAACACACCACUUCAUUAUGCUGCUAUGGGUGGCUUUGCGGAUUGCUGUAAAUAUAUAGCUCAACGAGGAUGUGACCUGAAAUGGAAAAAUUUGGAACAUAAAACACCCCGAGCUUUGGCAAAAGAGGGAGGUUUCAAAGCUGCCAGCAAAGAAAUACGUCGAGCAGAGCUGACUGCGGCUAAACUUGCCAAGCCAGGAGUCAAAAAUCCUAACCCAAUCUGGGCCCUCAGGCUGCAUGACUGGUCUCUGGAGCACGAGGCUGUACUUCGGGAAGCCUUUUCCUUCGUGGAUAGGGGCGAUGGCGUAGUCAGCAAAGAUGACUUCGUGGGGACCCUGGAAGAAAGACAAGACUAUGCCACCUCGGAUCAGCUGCUUUCCAUCGCUCAAAUGCACGAAAAAAGCCGGGGAGGUGGGGUCAGCAUUAAUGAGUUCUUUAAGGGAACCAAAUACUUAAGCAAGUCUUAUGUCUUGGGAUCUUUCGGGCCUAAGAAAAAGAAAAAGGGAUUGGGCAAAAAGCCAAAGAAAGGCAGGUUUGUUCUUCCUCUCCCCAUCUGUACCAUUCCUGAGAUGGCCUUUCCUCGGAGGCCGGACGGGGGACCGCCCUACUACAUGAUAGAGACUUACCAGAACCUCACAGACUACACCAGGUUCAACCGGGAUCAUCCGCCAGAGCACCCCAUCCAGGACGAUUCGGGGUGGUACGUCGAUAAUCCAGGGAAGGUCUUCGAAAAUAUUAAUUUUAUCACCAAGGCGGGAGACCUGGCCUCUCUGAAAAAGGCCUUUGAAGCAGGAAUACCAGUGGAUAUGAAGGACCGUACUUACAAGACACCCCUCAUGACAGCAUGCGCCACCGGCAACAUGGAUGCCGUCAAGUUUCUUCUUGAAAAGGGGGCAAAUGUCAAUGCAACAGAUAAUUUUCUGUGGACUCCACUUCAUUUUGCUUGCCAUGCUGGCCAGCAGGACAUUGUUGAGCUUCUUGUUAAAUCUGGAGCUGUAAUAGAUGCAACAUCUAUCAACAACUCUACUCCGUUAAGUAGAGCCAUUGAGAGCUGUAGACUGGAUACCGUAAAAUACCUACUUGACGUUGGCGCCAAAUUCCAGAUUGAAAAUAGAAGAGGGCAUACUGCCAUGGAUAUUGCGAGGGCAUAUGCUGAUUACAGAAUAAUUGAUAUGAUAAAAGAAAAGUUAGAUAACCUGCCUAAACCAAUAGAUAAUCAAAAACUGAAAGGCAAGCUUCCUAAACUGAAGACUGAAGGCACGGAUGUCAAGAAAGAAGAGGAAACACUGUCAUCAAUUUAUGCUGUACCAGCAAUAACAGAGGAAAAGAGACCACACAAGGACAAUGUGGUUUACCUCAAUUCCCUGAUUACCAGUGGUUACACUAAGAAAGUUGAUAUCACAUUUAUCCCACCAAGGAUUUGGAGUCCUGAAGCCACAACAGCAGAGCUGAUCAAGAAGAGGGAAAUGCGGAGGGAGAGGUUCACAUACGAGGUGGACUUUGAAGACUUCAUGAUGCCUUUCCAAAAAUACAUCACGGAGAAAGCUCAAGCAAUGGAGGCAUCCCUCAGAAACUAA